GGUAUGCCAUCUAUUUUUUCAUACAGGAAUGUACGGUUAAUCUAGUCACCAAAAAAUUUUGGAUCCAAUCUGAAAUCCGAAAUCCGAAUCCCGCCGUGGUCAAAAAUACUUGGAUCGUCCUCCAGACCCUCGUCACCAUAACAAAACUGCAAAAUAUUGGUGUUGAAUCCUCGUAUUCCCGUCCUCCGCAUUGGAUCUAACGCCCUGUUCCCAAGCAUCACACCAAUUUUUCAACAACGUCGGUGAAUAGUAUAGUAUUGUCGUACAAGAAUACUGCAAACUACCCGAUCGGACACCAUGAUUCCCGAUGACAGCAAAUGCGUGGUAAUCGGAGCGACCGAUCCGAAAUCGAUCGGAUUCGAGGUAGCGUGGAGUCUGCUGAAGGGAGGAGCGUCCGGCGUGGCCAUUGUGGGGCGCGACGAAGCGAAGCUGGUUCGGGCAACCGAUCUGUUGGAGGAAAAGAUGAAAAUGGAGGGUCUUGGCCACACCCACCGCAAUUGCGUGCUCGGGGUCCUGGGGAAUCUCAAGAAACCGGAGACCAUGGCCGGGGUGACCCAAAAAGUCGUAGAUGCGUGGGGCAGAAUCGACGUUCUGGUGUGCUGCGGGGGAAACGGCAACUCAGAGUACCUYGGCCUCGAUGUGGAGGAUCCGGAAUCCUAUCGCAUGAUGCAAAACGUGGCGGUCGUGUCCCCCAUGUUCCUGGCGGAGGCUUGCUUCCCCUACCUGUCCAAAUCUCCGAACAAGCACGGGGGCACCGUGGUAAUGGUGGGAUCUGUAGCCGGUGCGUUGCGUAGUMUCUGUUGCAACGCGCUGGUUUGUGUUGCGUUGUGUUUUGRGAACAGCUCAACUAGAAUCUUCCAUCGCCGGUACUGUACAACUGUCUGUGGCGCGGUGCGGCGCACAACGCAACACACAGUAUACCUCUCACACCACAAGAAACAUUUUUUUCGUUUAUCGAACGCUUUCAACAUKUUGCUAUGCUCUGCAUUCGAAUCUUACUUAUCACUCGAUGCAAUACACGAAACUAUACUCUCGUUCACAAUGAAAUGACAAACGACAACCAAACUAACCCCAAAGCCAAUGUCCCCUGGCCCGCUACGGCACCCUACAAUUUCGCGAUGGCGGCCAAGAACACCAUGAUCCAGACGCUCGCGUUCAAGUACCGCAACAGCAACGUCCGCGUCAAUGGCGUGCUGGCAGGGGUCAUCCACACUGGGGCCCUCGACGUCAUGGCUGCCAAGAAGAAUCAAUCGGUGGAAUCCUAUGCGGCGCUUCGAGCCACCGCCCAGCCCCUCGGACGGAACGGAACCCCGGAGGACGUGGCAAACGCCGUGACGUACCUUGCAUCACCAGCAUCUGGCUUUACGACCGGGGAAUUGCUGCGGGUGGAUGGCGGACUACACCUGUCGAACUGGUGGAACAAGCCGGUGAUGCUGGACCAAUAUGGUAACGGGACAAAGCGCAAUAAGUAGGCAGCGAAUGCUGCUCAGAUGGCAACAGCGAUUUGCACUAUUACAGUGACGAUGCAAAUAUUGUCACAUUGGGUUGACAACGAUAGCAAGUUACAUACUAGAAGAAAGAGGAUGAAAGAUUUUCGAUAAUCACUGAAACUAUUAGUAGUAGUAGAUAUAGUAAUUCACGAUCAUGAUCGGUCGUGAAAUACUGAUUGAAAGAUUUUCCACUCAUCAAUUCUACUUUGGUGGAAACUGACUUGAUAAAAUCAUGCAACAAUG